AUGUCUAUAUCGAUCCACGUCAAAUCGGGCCAAAACAACUGGCAGGUUUCCAUCGACCCGGCAAGUACCAUCCUUCAAUUGAAGGAAGAAAUUGCCAAAGUUUCUGAAGUCCCUGCAACAAACCAAAGACUUAUCUUUUCAGGGAAAAUCUUGAAGGAUGACCAAACGGUGGAGUUCUACAAAAUUUUAGAUGGUCUUUCCAUUCACAUGGUCAAAUCUGGCGGUGGCAGCGCCAAUAAGAAUAAGUCGCCUCCUCCUCAAGCUAAUACCACAGCGACCCCUGUGGCACCUAAUAUGGCUGCCGGUGAAACUGGUGGGUUUAAUCCAUUGUCAGAUUUGACCAGUGCACGUUAUGCCGGAUACUUGAAUUUGCCUUCUGCCGAUACUUUUGGUCCAGAUGGUGGGCUAAAUAAUUCAGGUCCUAACCAAGAUGAAAUGCUAAGGAUGUUGGAUAACCCCGUAUUCCAAUCUCAAAUGAAUGAGAUGCUAAGUAAUCCGCAAAUGCUCGAUUUUAUCAUUCAGGCAAAUCCACAAUUGCAAGCAAUGGGACCUCAAGCGAGACAAAUUCUACAAAAUCCAAUGUUUAGACAAAUGUUAACAAACCCAGAUAUGAUAAGACAGAGUAUGCAAAUGGCAAGAGCAAUGAACGGUGGUGUGGACCCUAAUGGGAAUGGUCAAGCAAAUACUUCUUCUGACUUCCCUGCUCCAGGUGGUGAUGACGAUAAUACAGUCAGCGAAAAUACUCCUUCAACAACAAACACUGCAAGUACAAAUCCAAGCUCUACAGCAACUACCAACGCUGCAAACCCAUUUGCGUCCUUGUUUAAUCCGGCCAUGAAUCCAUUCGCCGCUGGAAUGGCAAAUACCAAUGCUGCUGGUUCUGGCAACCCUCCUGCAUUUGAUCCUUCGUUUUUCGCAUCUAUGUUCCAACCUCCUGCAGCACAACAACAGCAAGAAGAUACCAGACCCCCAGAAGAACGUUAUGAACAUCAAUUGAGACAAUUGAACGAUAUGGGGUUCUUCGACUUUGAUAGAAAUGUGGCUGCCUUAAGACGUAGCGGUGGAAACGUCGAAUCUGCAUUGAAUGCCUUGUUGAAUGGCGAUGUUUAA